AUGCACGCGAUGAAGACAAGGCAGGAAGAGGAAAAGAUGCAGCAGAAGAAGAAGAAGAAGAAAGAGGACAAAGAGGUAAUGUAUGAGACGCAUAAAGGAGAAGAAAAGCAAGAAGAGAAACUUCAGGUACCAGUUGAUGCAGCAGAGCUGGAACUAAAGCCAAAGCGAUGGAAGGAAGCGCUUAUGCGAGCUGUACAAAUAAUGAUAAAAGAAAGACACAAGUCUUUCGAAGGUACCAAGCUCAUGUCGUUCGUCGACGUGGUGCAGGCGGCAGCUGCUUUUGACCGCAAUGGUCGUAUUCAUAUGGACUUUGAUCAAGACGACGAUCGCUACGAUAUAUCAAGAUUGCAAGAGAAAGCCAAGAAAUUUGAGGACGAGUCCAUGCGUGUCACACGUCAGAGUAGUAGAGCCGAUUACGACGUGCCCAUUAUGACCAUCUGUCUUAUGGUUGUUGGUACCCAUGGAGAUGUGCAGCCAUUUGUUGCCAUUGCCAAAAGACUUAUCAUUGAUGGUCAUCGUGUACGAUUGGCUACCCAUGCAGUAUAUCGUGAUUUUGUCAUGAGCCACGGUGUCGAGUUCUAUCCAUUGGCAGGAGACCCCAAGGAGCUUUCAGCCUACAUGGUCAAGACAAGUGGCCAUCUCAUUCCUUUGAACGUGGAAGCGAUUCAAAAGGACGUACCUCGUAACAUGCAGAUGAUUGAGGAGAUUCUCUACUCAACAUGGCCCGCUGUAGCCGAAGCAGACCCGGACGGCGGAGGUCCUGGCAUCCCAGGAAAACCUUUUCAAGCACAAGCUAUUAUUUCGAACCCUGUCACAUACGGUCAUAUCCACGUCGCGGAACGACUCGGUGUGCCGCUUCACAUUAUGUUCCCCCAGCCGUGGGUGCCGACGACAGCGUUCCCACAUCCGCUGUCUAACAUGCCGUAUACCGGAAAGCCUAAAAAGGUAAACUACAUGUCGUACAAGAUGGUCGAUCUACUCAUGUGGCAGGCAACCGAAGGAAUGAUCAAUGCGUUUCGUAGAGAUAGGCUGCAGUUGCGCAAAAUUCGCAAGGGAGACGGUGGCCGCGAUAUCCUACUAGACCUAGCCGUCCCUCAUGCUUUUAUGUGGAGUCCGCAUCUUGUGCCGAAGCCAAACGACUGGGGCAAGAUUUACGAUAUUACCGGAACCGUCCUAUUGGAAGGAUCCGAUUCCACAUAUACACCUACGCCAGAACUUGAGGCUUUCCUCGGUCAGGAUGCAGGACCCAUUUUUGUGGGCUUUGGAUCCAUGGUCAUUCAAGACCCAGUGGGCGUCACAAAGAUGAUUAUCGAAGCGGCAACUCGGGCGGAAGUUCGUGUACUGAUUCAAUCGAGUUGGAGCGACAUGGCAGGAAAUCUCACGAUUCCAGACAACAUUUUUUUCUUGGCAGUUGUCCUCACGACUGGCUUUUUCCGCGUGUGUCAGCGAUUGUGCACCAUGGCGGGGCAGCCGUUCUGGGGCCGUGCUGUGUUUGAUGCUGGUGUUGGUGUGCACCCUUGUCCAGUCUCCCGACUGACAACAGAGAAAGUUCAGGCUGCAUUUGAGGCACUGCAGAGCCCACAACUUCGUGCACGUGCAAGCGCAAUGCGGAACCUUAUGCGACAAGAGAACGGUGCAGGCGAAGCUUUGAGAUGUUUCUACCGCAAUUUGCCUCUGCAUCACAUGCGUUGCGAAUUGGACUGUGGCCGGGCUGCAAUGCUAUGGAGCCAAAAGGACAAAAUUCGCUUGUGUGGUGAGUGCGAAUCUGUAGUGACUUCCCGUCUUGAAAAUUCACCGACGGAUAUUGUGGAGUACAAUUACGUCGACUACUCACCGCGCGGUCCAGAGAAUGUUAUUGAGGGCGCUUUUGCUGGUGUGGGCGCGUUAGCUCACGUAUUUGGAUCGGGUUUUAAGGACAUAAUUGUCAAGCCCGCGCAAGGUUAUCGCGAAGUGGGGGCAAAGGGUGCUGUGAUCGGUCUUGUAAAGGGGUUGGGUGGGCUUAUAAUCAGCCCGGUGGUAGGCACGUUAGUGUUUGCUGACCACCUUGCAACCGGGGCCUAUAAUAACGUCCGAGGAGAUGAUGACAAGAGGGGUUCGCUCAUCUCAGACAACAAAAAGUUGCGAAACGCGUUGGGAUUCAAGACGCGCAAUAAUAUACACAACGGGUCAAUGAGUGCAGAUGAAGUGGUAGAAACGAACAAUCAAUUAUUGAAACAAAUCUCUGUUCAGCUUACACCGACAGAGAAACGCAAGCUAGAAGGCAGAUUUUACGCGCUCGUGAAGGAGCGCAAAUUAUGCAAGCAGGAAUUGUUCAAAUUGACGGAGACUAGUUCAUCGAUCUCACUUCGGUCAGAAAGAAUGCAUGAUGAUGCAGCUACUGUUUCGAAUGUGGAUGGGGCCGCUUUCAACGGCAGUGACUCGUUUCAGACUACAUUUGGUGAUGGCGGGAAGGUUGGCGAGGCGCUUCAUCAGAUUGAAGUGCAAGAAUUAGCAGCUGAGGCUCACAGAGAGGGAGAAACGCAAAUGAAACGUAUGGAGAGUCUGGAUAGCAAGCCGCUGCCGAAGAUGAAUAUUUGUAUGAUGACAACAGGUAGCUGGGAAGAGAGCGUCCAGCAGUACGUUGCAAUUGGAUUGCGUCUCAAAGCGGACGGUCACUGCGUGCGUAUUGCGACGAACAGUGGCCACCGGGACCGCAUUGUAAGUGUUGGUCUUGAUUUUUAUCCACUUGGAGGAAGAUCUAUUACGAUUGGCAAAUUUCUACAGUACCUGCGCCAACGGAUUCAGGAUGAGCCACAUCAUAAAUCCCGACUACUUAAUUAUGCUUGUGCGAAGUUGCGGUGGGAGUCGUUUCCAGAAAUGGCUGAUCUGCGUGAGCUCGUGUUCUCGCUUUGGUCAGCAUGCGUGGAAGUGGAUCCAUUAGUGCCUGGUAAGGCUUUCCGCGCUGAUGCCAUCAUUGCGCACCCGUAUCUGUUUGGACAGUCCAUCGUUGCCGAACGUCUUGGCGUGCCUUUACACUGUAUGAGCUAUAACCCGCAAACUCGCACUCAGGCUUUCCCUCCGCUUAUCAGUUUUGACGUGAAGCUUCACAGACCAUACCGAUAUAUACCUGCGAAUGCAGUGUCUUACGAUGCGAUCGACAAUGUGUUGUGGAACAGUAUACGAGAUAUCCUCGACGACUUUCGAUAUUUCCUAGGGCUCACCGGCAAGAGCAUUGCGAAUAAUUUGCUUGCUGAAUGGCACAUCCCUCACACAUACCUUUGGAAUCCUGUACUUCUGCCAAAACCUAAUGAUUGGGGAAGUGAGAUUACAAUUGCGGGGUACGUUGCUAUUGACAAGAGUGAUGCUGAAGACACCAAUCUCGCUGCCAUCGAACAGGAUUUACGAUCAUUUGCUGCGAGCGCUAGCACGCCCCUCAUCUACUUUGGCUUCCAGUGUGUGGAUUGGAAUCUCCGCGGCGUACAGGAUCUGGUUAGCACUCUCGAGAAGGCAGCUCAAAACGCAAGCGUCCGGCUUGUAUUUCAAGGUUACGAGAACAACAACGACGAUGCUGCGAUUGUCGGGAGUGAUACGAACGUUGUUACGAGUGUUGUUUUUGAGAUUGACCGGCAUUUUCCAGUAAAUCGCAUUCUUUCCCAUGUACGUGCCGCCGUGCACUGGGGAGACCUUUCUAUUACGUCGACAUGCCUGUCUGCGGAAAAACCUGCUUGCGUGGUCCCUCGUAACAUUACCCAACGAAUGUGGGGCCAGGCGUUGGCUUUAGCAGGAGCGGGGAUCGAACCGCUAGAAAUUAAUGCACUAACGCCGUCCAAUCUUGUGCAUGUAUUCCAUGAGCUUUUGGACCCCAAACUUGCAGACUGCGCCAUGCGUCUUGCUCCUAAGUUUUCACCGUCAAACGCAAUUGAGACUGCUGUAUCAGCCUUUUACAGCAAUUUACCGCUGGAGGGCAUGACCUGCGACCUGGAUCCUGCGCGUAUUGCCCGUGUGUAUGAUUCAAUGCACGAAAUGAAGCUAUCGUAUGAGGCACGGCUUGUUGUGCACCAGAUUACGAAGGAUGAAGGUAGUGCGGAAGACCUAAAAUACAAACCUCUCAAGUACUCGCAACACCAUCCGCCGCGAUUUGCUUUGCGCGAACUGGAGUUGCUUCAUCCCGCCUCAUCUCGCAGUCUCAACAAAAAGCUCAGAACUAAACAUUUGUACACACACCAUCCUGCCAAUGAAGAAAUGGCAGCGAGAGUGGAGCACAAACGUGCGUUACCGACUUCGCCUGCGUCAUCGACGGAGUCGAUCGUGUUAAAGAAAUUUGGUGAUAUUCCACAUAAGAGACACUUUCAAUUAUCCCGUGUCCAGUCUAUGGCAUUGAACGUGGUGGAAUCGCCAAAAUUCUGGGCUUCACCAGAGGAACAAGCGGAGAAAAGUCUUGAAAUCAACGAUAAGUAUGAAAAGCUGCUUUUGGCACGCAACUCUAUCACUAGUUCCGCAGCGUCAGUUGCGCGAUAA